AUGCACUCAGAUCCCUCUGACCUCAGAUCCCUCCAUCCCUCCGCACUAAGAUCCCUCUGCACUCAGAUCCCUCCGCACUCAGAUCCCUCCGCACUCAGAUCCCUCUGCACUCAGAUCCCUCCGUACUCAGAUCCCUCCGCACUCAGAUCCCUCCGCACUCAGAUCCCUCUGCACUCAGAUCCCUCCGCACUCGGAUCCCUCCGCACUCAGAUUCCUCCGCACUCAGAUCCCUUUGCACUCAGAUCCCUCCGCAAUCAGAUCCCUCCGCACUCAGAUCCCUCCGCACUCAGAUUUCUCCGCACUCAGAUCUCUCCGCACUCAGAUCCCUCCGCACUCAGAUCCCUCCGCACUCAGAUCCCUCCGCACUCAGAUCCCUCUGCAUUCAGAUCCCUCCGCACUCAGAUUCCUCCGCACUCAGAUCACUCUGCACUCAGAUCCCUCUGCACUCAGAUCCCUUUGCACUCAGAUUCCUCCGCACUCAGAUCCCUCCGCACUCAGAUCCCUGCGCACUCAGAUUCCUCCGCACUCAGAUCCCUCCGCACUCAGAUCCCUCCGCACUCAGAUCCCUCUGCACUCAGAUUCUUCUGCACUCAGAUCCCUCUGCACUCAGAUCCCUCUGCACUCAGAUUUCUCUGCACUCAGAUCCCUCCGCACUCAGAUCCCUCCGCACUCAGAUUCCUCCGCACUGAGAUCCCUCCGCACUCAGAUCCCUCCGCACUCAUAUCCCUCCGCACUCAGAUCCCUCCGCACUCAGAUCCCUCCGCACUCAGAUCCCUCCGCACUCAGAUCCCACUGCACUCAGAUCCCUCUGCACUCAGAUCCCUCUGUACUCAGAUUCCUCCGCACUCAGAUCCCUCAGCACUCAGAUCCCUCCGCACUCAGAUUCCUCCGCAUUCAGAUCCCUCCGCACUCAGAUCCCUCCGCACUCAGAUCCCUCCGCACUCAGAUCCCUCCGCACUCAGAUCCCUAUGCACUGAGAUUCCUCCGCACUCAGAUCCCUCCGCACUCAGAUCCCUCCGCACUCAGAUCCCUCCGCACUCAGAUCCCUCUGCACUCAGAUCCCUCCGUACUCAGAUCCCUCCGCACUCAGAUCCCUCCGCACUCAGAUCCCUCUGCACUCAGAUCCCUCCGCACUCGGAUCCCUCCGCACUCAGAUUCCUCCGCACUCAGAUCCCUCUGCACUCAGAUCCCUCCGCACUCAGAUCCCUCCGCACUCAGAUCCCUCCGCACUCAGAUUUCUCCGCACUCAGAUCCCUCCGCACUCAGAUCCCUCCGCACUCAGAUUCCUCCGCACUGAGAUCCCUCCGCACUCAGAUCCCUCCGCACUCAGAUCCCUCCGCACUCAGAUCCCUCCGCACUCAGAUCCCUCCGCACUCUGAUCCCUCCGCACUCAGAUCCCACUGCACUCAGAUCCCUCUGCACUCAGAUCCCUCUAUCCCUCCGCACUCAGAUCCCUCCGCACUCAGAUCCCUCUGCACUCAGAUCCCUCCGCACUCGGAUCCCUCCGCACUCAGAUUCCUCCGCACUCAGAUCCCUCUGCACUCAGAUCCCUCCGCAAUCAGAUCCCUCCGCACUCAGAUCCCUCCGCACUCAGAUUUCUCCGCACUCAGAUCCCUCCGCACUCAGAUCCCUCCGCACUCAGAUCCCUCCGCACUCAGAUCCCUUCGCACUCAGAUCCCUCUGCAUUCAGAUCCCUCCGCACUCAGAUUCCUCCGCACUCAGAUCACUCUGCACUCAGAUCCCUCUGCACUCAGAUCCCUUUGCACUCAGAUUCCUCCGCACUCAGAUCCCUCCGCACUCAGAUCCCUCCGCACUCAGAUUCCUCCGCACUCAGAUCCCUCCGCACUCAGAUCCCUCCGCACUCUGAUCCCUCUGCACUCAGAUUCUUCUGCACUCAGAUCCCUCUGCACUCAGAUCCCUCUGCACUCAGAUUUCUCUGCACUCAGAUCCCUCCGCACUCAGAUCCCUCCGCACUCAGAUUCCUCCGCACUGAGAUCCCUCCGCACUCAGAUCCCUCCGCACUCAUAUCCCUCCGCACUCAGAUCCCUCCGCACUCAGAUCCCUCCGCACUCUGAUCCCUCCGCACUCAGAUCCCACUGCACUCAGAUCCCUCUGCACUCAGAUCCCUCUGUACUCAGAUUCCUCCGCACUCAGAUCCCUCAGCACUCAGAUCCCUCCGCACUCAGAUUCCUCCGCAUUCAGAUCCCUCCGCACUCAGAUCCCUCCGCACUCAGAUCCCUCCGCACUCAGAUCCCUCCGCACUCAGAUCCCUAUGCACUGAGAUUCCUCCGCACUCAGAUCCCUCCGCACUCAGAUCCCUCCGCACUCAGAUCCCUCCGCACUCAGAUCUCUCUGCACUCAGAUCCCUCUGCACUUAGAUUCCUCCGUACUCAGAUCCCUCUACACUCAGAUCCCUCUGCACUCAGAUUUCUCUGCACACAGAUCCCUCCGCACUCAGAUCCCUCCGCACGCAGAUCCCUCUGCACUCAGAUCCCUCCGCACUCAGAUUCCUCCGCACUCAGAUCCCUCCGCACUCAGAUCCCUCCGCACUCAGAUCCCUCUGCACUCAGAUUCCUCCGCACUCAGAUCCCUCUCCACUCAGAUCCCUCUGCACUCAGAUCCCUCUGCACUCAGAUUCCUCCGCACUCAGAUCCCUCCGCACUCAGAUCCCUCCGCACUCAGAUUCCUCCGCACUCAGAUCCCUCUGCACUCAGAUCCCUCCCACUCAGAUUCCUCCGCACUCAGAUCCCUCCGCACUCAGAUCCCUCCGCACUCAAAUCCCUCCGCACUCAGAUCCCUCGGCACUCAGAUCCCUCCGCACUCAGAUUCCUCCGCACUAAGAUCCCUCCGCACUCAGAUCCCUCCGCACUAAGAUCCCUCCGCACUCAGAUCCCUCUGCACUCAGAUCCCUCCGCACUCAGAUCCCUCUGCACUCAGAUCCCUCUGCACUCAGAUCCCUCCGCACUCAGAUCCCUCUGCACUAAGAUCCCUCUGCACUCAGAUCCCUCUGCACUCAGAUUCCUCCGCACUCAGAUCCCUCUGCACUCAGAUCCCUCUGCACUCAGAUCCCUCUCCACUCAGAUUCCUCUGCACACAGAUCCCUCCGCACUCAGAUCUCUCCGUACUCAGAUUCCUCUGCACUCAGAUCCCUGUGCAUUCAGAUCCCUCCGCACUCAAAUUCCUCCGCACUCAGAUCCCUCCCCACUCAGAUCCCUCCGCACUCAGAUCCCUCCGCACUCAGAUCCCUCCGCACUCAGAUCCCUCCGCACUCAGAUUCCUCUGCACUCAGAUCCCUCCGCACUCAGAUCCCUCCGCACUCAGAUCCCUACGCACUCAGAUCCCUCUGCACACAGAUCCCUCCGCACUCAGAUCCCUCCGCACUCAGAUCCCUCUACACUCAGAUCCUUACGCACUAUCCCUCCGCACUCAGAUCCCUCUGCACUCAGAUCCCUCUGCACUCAGAUCCCUCUGCACUCAGAUUCCUCCGCACUCAGAUCCCUCUGCACUCAGAUCCCUCUGCACUCAGAUUCCUCCGCACUCAGAUCCCUCCGCACUCAGAUCCCUCCGCACUCAGAUCCCUCAGCACUCAGAUCCCUUUGCACUCAGAUCCCUCUGCACUCAGAUCCCUCUGCACUCAGAUCCCUCUGCACUCAGAUCCCUCUGCACUCAGAAUCCACCGUACUCAGAUCCCUCCGCACUCAGAUCUCUCCGCACUCAGAUUCCUCCGCACUCAGAUCCUUCUGCACUCAGAUCCCUCCGCACACAGAUCCCUCCGCACUCAGAUCCCUCCGCACUCAGAUCCCUCCGCACUCAGAUCCCUCCGCACUCAGAUUCCUCCGCACUCAGAUUCCUCCGCACUCAGAUCCCUCCGCACUCAGAUCCCUCCGCACUCAGAUCCCUCCGCACUCAGAUCCCUCUGCACUCAGAUCCCUCCGCACUCAGAUCCCUCCGCACUCAGAUCCCUCUGCACUCAGAUUCCUCCGCACUCAGAUCCUCCGCACUCAGAUCCCUCCGCACUCAGAUCCUUCUGCACUCAGAUCCCUCCGCACUCAGAUCCCUCCGCACUCAGAUCCCUCCGCACUCAGAUCCCUCCGCACUCAGAUCCCUCCGCACUCAGAUUCCUCCGCACUCAGAUUCCUCCGCACUCAGAUCCCUCCGCACUCAGAUCCCUCCGCACUCAGAUCCCUCUGCACUCAGAUCCCUCUACACUCAGAUCCCUCUGCACUCAGAUUCCUCCGCACUCAGAUCCCUCCACACUCAAAUCCCUCCGCACUCAGAUUCCUCCGCACUCAGAUCCCUCCGCACUCAGAUCCCUCCGCACUCAGAUCCCUACGCACUCAGAUCCCUCUGCACUCAGAUUCCUCCGCACUCAGAUUCCUCCGCACUCAGAUCCCUCCGCACUCAGAUCCCUCUGCACUCAGAUCCCUCUGCACUCAGAUUCCUCCGCACUCAGAUCCCUCUCCACUCAGAUCCCUCUGCACUCAGAUCCCUCUGCACUCAGAUUCCUCCGCACUCAGAUCCCUCCGCACUCAGAUCCCUCCGCACUCAGAUUCCUCCGCACUCAGAUCCCUCUGCACUCAGAUCCCUCGGCACUCAGAUUCCUCCGCACUCAGAUCCCUCCGCACUCAGAUCCCUCCGCACUCAGAUCCCUCCGCACUCAAAUCCCUCUGCACACAGAUCCCUCCGCACUCAGAUCCCUCUGCACUCAGAUCCCUCUGCACUCAGAUCCCUCCGCACUCAGAUCCCUCUGCACUCAGAUCCCUCUGCACUCAGAUUCCUCCGCACUCAGAUCCCUCCGCACUCAGAUUCCUCCGCACUCAGAUCCUUCUGCACUCAGAUCCCUCCGCACUCAGAUCCCUCCGCACUCAGAUCCCUCCGCACUCAGAUCCCUCCGCACUCAGAUCCCUCAGCACUCAGAUCCCUUUGCACUCAGAUCCCUCUGCACUCAGAUCCCUCUGCACUCAGAUCCCUCUGCACUCAGAUCCCUCUGCACUCAGAUCCACCGCACUCAGAUCCCUCCGCACUCAGAUCCCUCCGCACUCAGAUUCCUCCGCACUCAGAUCCUUCUGCACUCAGAUCCCUCCGCACUCAGAUCCCUCCGCACUCAGAUCCCUCCGCACUCAGAUCCCUCCGCACUCAGAUCCCUCCGCACUCAGAUUCCUCCGCACUCAGAUUCCUCCGCACUCAGAUCCCUCCGCACUCAGAUCCCUCCGCACUCAGAUCCCUCCGCACUCAGAUCCCUCUGCACUCAGAUCCCUCCGCACUCAGAUCCCUCCGCACUCAGAUCCCUCUGCACUCAGAUUCCUCCGCACUCAGAUCCCUCCGCACUCAGAUUCCUUCGCACUCAGAUCCUUCUGCACUCAGAUCCCUCCGCACUCAGAUCCCUCCGCACUCAGAUCCCUCCGCACUCAGAUCCCUCCGCACUCAGAUCCCUCCGCACUCAGAUUCCUCCGCACUCAGAUUCCUCCGCACUCAGAUCCCUCCGCACUCAGAUCCCUCCGCACUCAGAUCCCUCUGCACUCAGAUCCCUCUACACUCAGAUCCCUCUGCACUCAGAUUCCUCCGCACUCAGAUCCCUCCACACUCAGAUCCCUCCGCACUCAGAUUCCUCCGCACUCAGAUCCCUCCACACUCAGAUCCCUCCGCACUCAGAUCCCUACGCACUCAGAUCCCUCUGCACUCAGAUUCCUCCGCACUCAGAUUCCUCCGCACUCAGAUCCCUCCGCACUCAGAUCCCUCUGCACUCAGAUCCCUCUGCACUCAGAUUCCUCCGCACUCAGAUCCUCUCCACUCAGAUCCCUCUGCACUCAGAUCCCUCUGCACUCAGAUUCCUCCGCACUCAGAUCCCUCCGCACUCAGAUCCCUCCGCACUCAGAUUCCUCCGCACUCAGAUCCCUCUGCACUCAGAUCCCUCGGCACUCAGAUUCCUCCGCACUCAGAUCCCUCCGCACUCAGAUCCCUCCGCAUCAGAUCCCUCCGCACUCAGAUCCCUCUGCACUCAGAUCCCUCCGCACUCAGAUCCCUCUGCACUCAGAUCCCUCUGCACUCAGAUCCCUCCGCACUCAGAUCCCUCUGCACUCAGAUCCCUCUGCACUCAGAUUCCUCCGCACUCAGAUCUCUCCGCACUCAGAUUCCUCCGCACUCAGAUCCUUCUGCACUCAGAUCCCUCUGCACUCAGAUCCCUCGGCACUCAGAUUCCUCCGCACUCAGAUCCCUCCGCACUCAGAUCCCUCCGCACUCAGAUCCCUCCGCACUCAGAUCCCUCUGCACUCAGAUCCCUCCGCACUCAGAUCCCUCUGCACUCAGAUCCCUCUGCACUCAGAUCCCUCCGCACUCAGAUCCCUCUGCACUCAGAUCCCUCUGCACUCAGAUCCCUCUGCACUCAGAUUCCUCCGCACUCAGAUCCCUCUGCACUCAGAUCCCUCUGCACUCAGAUUCCUCCGCACUCAGAUCCCUCCGCACUCAGAUCCCUCCGCACUCAGAUCCCUCCGCACUCAGAUCCCUCCGCACUCAGAUCCCUCUGCACUCAGAUCCCUCUGCACUCAGAUUCCUUCCGCACUCAGAUCCCUCCGCACUCAGAUCCCUCUGCACUCAGAUUCCUCCGCACUCAGAUCCCUCCGCACUCAGAUCCCUCCGCACUCAGAUCCCUCCGCACUCAGAUCCCUCCGCACUCAGAUCCCUCCGCACUCAGAUCCCUCCGCACUCAGAUCCCUUCGCACUCAGAUCCCUCCGCACUCAAAUCCCUCCGCACUCAGAUUCCUCCGCACUCAGAUCCCUCCGCACUCAGAUCCCUCCGCACUCAGAUCCCUCCGCACUCAGAUCCCUCCGCACUCAGAUCCCUCCACACUCAGAUCCCUCCGCACUCAGAUCCCUCCGCACUCAGAUCCCUCCGCACUCAGAUCUUUCCGCACUCAGAUCACUCCGCACUCAGAUCCCUCCGCACUCAGAUCCCUCUGCACUCAGAUCCCUCCGCACUCAGAUCCCUCCGCACUCAGAUCCCUCCGCACUCAGAUCCCUCCGCACUCAGAUCCCUCCGCACUCAGAUCCCUCCGCACUCAGAUCCCUCCGCACUCAGAUCCCUCAGCACUCAGAUCCCUUUGCACUCAGAUCCCUCUGCACUUAGAUCCCUCUGCACUCAGAUUCUUCCGCACUCAGAUCCCUCCGCACUCAGAUCCCUCUGCACUCAGAUCCCUCCGCACUCAGAUCCCCCCGCACUCAGAUCCCUCCGCACUCAGAUCCCUCCGCACUCAGAACCCUCCGCACUCAGAAUCCCUCCGCACUCAGAUCCCUCCGCACUCAGAUCCCUCCGCACUCAGAUCCCUCCGCACUCAGAUCCCUCCGCACUCAGAUCCCUCCGCACUCAGAUCCCUCCGCACUCAGAUCCCUCUGCACUCAGAUCCCUCCGCACUCAGAUCCCUCCGCACUCAGAUCCCUCCACACUCAGAUUCCUCCACACUCAGAUCCCUCCGCACUCAGAUCCCUCCGCACUCAGAUCCCGCAGCACUCAGAUCCCUUUGCACUCAGAUCCCUCAGCACUCAGAUCCCUCUGCACUCAGAUUCUUCCGCACUCAGAUCCCUCCGCACUCAGAUCCCUCUGCACUCAGAUUCCUCCGCACUCAGAUCCCUCCGCACUCAGAUCCCUCCGCACUCAUAUCCCUCCGCACUCAGAUCCCUCCGCACUCAGAUCCCUCCGCACUCAAAUCCCUCCGCACUCAGAUCCAUCUGCACUCAGAUCCCUCUGCACUCAGAUCCCUCUGCACUCAGAUUCCUCCGCACUCAGAUCCCUCUGCACUCAGAUUCCUCCGCACUCAGAUCCCUCCGCACUCAGAUCCCUCCGCACUCAGAUCCCUCCGCACUCAGAUCCCUCCGCACUCAGAUCCCUCCACACUCAGAUCCCUCCGCACUCAGAUCCCUCCGCACUCAGAUCCCUCCGCACUCAGAUCUUUCCGCACUCAGAUCCCUCCGCACUCAGAUCCCUCCGCACUCAGAUCCCUCUGCACUCAGAUCCCUCCGCACUCAGAUCCCUCCGCACUCAGAUCCCUCCGCACUCAGAUCCCUCCGCACUCAGAUUCCUCCGCACUCAGAUCCCUCCGCACUCAGAUCCCUCCGCACUCAGAUCCCUCAGCACUCAGAUCCCUUGCACUCAGAUCCCUCUGCACUCAGAUCCCUCUGCACUCAGAUUCUUCCGCACUCAGAUCCCUCCGCACUCAGAUCCCUCUGCACUCAGAUCCCUCCGCACUCAGAUCCCCCCGCACUCAGAUUCCUCCGCACUCAGAUCCCUCCGCACUCAGAUCCCUCCGCACUCAGAUCCCUCCGCACUCAGAUCCCUCCGCACUCAGAUCCCUCCACACUCAGAUCCCUCCGCACUCAGAUCCCUCCGCACUCAGAUCCCUCCGCACUCAGAUCUUUCCGCACUCAGAUCCCUCUGCACUCAGAUCCCUCCGCACUCAAAUCCCUCCGCACUCAGAUCCCUCCACACUCAGAUUCCUCCACACUCAGAUCCCUCCGCACUCAGAUCCCUCCGCACUCAGAUCCCGCAGCACUCAGAUCCCUUGCACUCAGAUCCCUCAGCACUCAGAUCCCUCUGCACUCAGAUUCCUCCGCACUCAGAUCCCUCCGCACUCAGAUCCCUCUGCACUCAGAUUCCUCCGCACUAAGAUCCCUCCGCACUCAGAUCCCUCCGCACUCAGAUCCUCCGCACUCAGAUCCCUCCGCACUCAGAUCCCUCCGCACUCAAAUCCCUCCGCACUCAGAUCCAUCUGCACUCAGAUCCCUCUGCACUCAGAUCCCUCUGCACUCAGAUUCCUCCGCACUCAGAUCCCUCUGCACUCAGAUCCCUCUGCACUUAGAUCCCUUUGCACUCAGAUUUCUCCGCACACAGAUCCCUCCGCACUCAGAUCCCUCCGCACUCAGAUUCCUCCGCACUCAGAUCCCUCUGCACUCAGAUCCCUCCGCACUCAGAUUCCUCCGCACUCAGAUCCCUCCCCACUCAGAUCCCUCCGCACACAGAUCCCUCCGCACUCAGAUCCCUCCGCACUCAGAUCCCUCCGCACUCAGAUUCCUCUGCACUCAGAUCCCUCCGCACUCAGAUCCCUCCGCACUAAGAUCCCUCCGCACUCAAAUCCCUCUGCACUCAGAUCCCUCCGCACUCAGAUCCCUCUGCACUCAGAUCCCUCCGUACUCAGAUCCCUCUGCACUCAGAUCCCUCCGCACUCAGAUCCCUCUGCACUCAGAUCCCUCUACACUCAGAUUCCUCCGCACUCAGAUCCCUCUACACUCAGAUCCCUCUGCACUCAGAUCCCUCUGCACUCAGAUUCCUCCGCACUCAGUUCCCUCCGCACUCAGAUCCCUCCGCACUCAGAUCACUCCGCGUUUAGAUCCCUCCGCACUCAGAUCCCUCUGCACUCAGAUCCCUCCACACUCAGAUCCCUCCGCACUCAGAUCCCUCCGCACUCAGAUCCCUCUGCACUCAGAUUCCUCCGCACUCAGAUCCCUCCGCACUCAGAUCCCUCCGCACUCAGAUCCCUCUGCACUCAGAUCCCUCUCCACUCAGAUCCCUCUGCACUCAGAUUCCUCCACACUCAGAUCCCUCUACACUCAGAUCCCUCUGCACUCAGAUCCCUCUGCACUCAGAUCCCUCCGCACUCAGAUCCCUCCGCACUCAGAUCCCUCCGCACUCAGAUUCCUCUGCACUAA